GUGUGCUUCUAACUUUGUGGCAACAUUUUGGGGAAGAACCACAUAUAUAGGUGUUAUGGUCAGGUGUCCACAUAGUUUUAGCCAUAAAGUGUAUAGUUUGGGGCGUCUGUUGUUCGGGUGGUAGAGCGGGUUGUCCACUAAUCGUAGGGUUGGUGGUUUGAUUCCUGGCCCACGUGACUCCACAUGCCAAAGUGUCCUUGGGCAAGACACUGAACCCCAAGUUGCUCCCGAUGGCAAGCUAGCGCCUUGCAUGGCAGCUCUGCUACGAUUGGUGUGUGUGUGUGUGUGUGAAUGGGUGAAUGAGACAGUGUAAAGCUAAGGUUAAAAAAGCGCUAUAUAAGUGCAGACCAUUCGUUUAAGAAACGACAGCUGGUGCAAAUGUCUCACCUUACAAAACACUACAGCCAUGUCUUGAGUCUAGAAAGGUGUACAAGCCUAGCUGUUUUGUGUGUAGUUCGGAGGAAACACUGAAGUGUUUGAAUUGUGAAGAGAAAUUGCAAUACCAGCAUGCGCCAGUAGGUGUCAGCAGUGCAGCGUGUAGUGUAGAGGGCGGGUAGCGGCGGCGCUGCUGGAGACGAGGCUAAAAGCAGAGCGCAUUCCUGAACAGCGCUCAGUGUGUCGAGUCCUCAUGCUUUACGCGGCGGUGAAGGCCGGUCUGUGCGCGUUAAAAACGGACAAAUAAGGGGCUCCACAGCGGUUCGGCUUCCGUUAAGCCUGCUGAGGUUUUAUUCCGAGCUAGUGGUUCGACAGACGGAGUGAAAAUCGUCCGCUACAGUCCACAGCGACGAUGUCGGAGUUCCUGGUAAGUCUGCUCGGAGAGCGGCUCGUCACCGGAGAGAAAGCCGAGGUGGACGUGCACGCGCUGGGCAGCGGGCUCGCGCUCGUCGGCCUCUACUUCGGCUGCAGCGUGAACGCGCCGUGCCGCCAGUUUAACAGCAGCCUGGCGGACUUCUACUGCCACUUCAAAACCUCCUCCGAGCACAAGGACAAACUGGAAAUUGUCUUCAUCUCGUCCGAUCAGGACCAGAAACACUGGCAGGACUUCUUGCAGGAGAUGCAAUGGCCGGCGUUGCCUUUUAAAGACAGACACAAAAAGAUGAAGCUGUGGAACAAGUACAAGGUGACCAGUAUCCCCUCGCUGGUGUUUGUGGACGCAACGACGGGGAAGGUGGUGUGUCGCAACGGUUUACUUGUGGUGAAAGAUGACCCUAAAGGUCUGGAGUUCCCGUGGGGGCCGAAGCCCUUUGCGGAGGUGGUGUCCGGACCCCUGCUCAGUAACAACAGACAGACAGCAGACAGCAGCACCCUGGAGGGCUCCUACGUGGGGAUUUACUUCUCUGCUCACUGGUGCCCGCCCUGCCGCAGUCUCACCCGAGUGCUGGUGGAGUCUUAUCGGAAAGUGAAGGAGUCUGGACACAAGUUCGAGAUCGUGUUUGUGAGUGCCGACAGAUCAGAAGAUUCCUUCACGCAGUAUUUCAGCGAGAUGCCGUGGCUGGCCGUGCCGUACACGGACGAGGCCAGGAGAUCCCGCCUCAACAGACUCUACGGCAUACAAGGGAUCCCCACACUGAUUUUUCUGGACACGGAGGGUCACAUGAUCACGCGGCAGGGCCGAGUGGAGGUGCUCAAUGACCCAGAAUGCCAUCUUUUCCCUUGGCACCCGCGGCCUGUGCUGGAGCUCAGUGAGUCCAACGCUGUGCAACUCCAUGAAGGCCCCUGUCUUGUUCUCUUUGUAGACGCAGAGGAGGAGGGUGAGCUGGAGCCAGCCAAGGAGCUCAUCCAGCCAAUUGCUGAGAAGAUCAUGGCCAAGUACAAAGCCAAGGAUGAGGAAACCCCGCUGCUCUUUUUUGUGGCUGGAGAGGACGACAUGAGCGACUCUCUGCGUGAUUACACCAACCUGCCUGAGGCGGCGCCGCUGCUCACCAUCCUGGAUAUGUCAGCCCGUGCCAAGUACGUCAAAGACGUGGAGGAGAUCACGCCGGCCGUGGUGGAGCAGUUCGUCAGUGACUUUCUAGCCGAGAAGCUCAAACCGGAACCCAUAUAAAGUUGGACAGUAUUACAUCUCCCAUCAGCCCCAUGACUACCACUUCCCUCCACUCCUCCUGUGAGACUCUGAGAUGCUUCACUUUGUACUGACUUUUUUUUUUUUUUUUUUAAAAACAAACAUUACCCCACAUCCCCGGAGUCUCCUGUGGUGCCUUGCAUAUUUACAGCCUGGACGGUCAAAUUUCAUAAAUCUUUGUGGCAGUAUGUCCGAUCUCAGAAUGUAGAUGAAACCCUAGAGCUGCAGUACACUCGGAUUUAAAACACACUCGUUUUAUUUUAUUCAACAUUAAAAAGACAUGGCUUUUAUUUCCACGUAGUAAGAAAAUCCUGGUGCGUUUCUAAGGAACGCAGGACACGCGUUUCAGGACCAGGCUGCACUUCUGUCCUUAUGGGUGCUGAUUAUACACUUUCAUGGACAACCUGAUAUUUCUGUAAAGUUCACAAAGUCUGUUCUUUUCUUAAAGCGGUUUUAUGCAGUCCGUGAUCCAGAAAAAUCAUUUUUCCACAAUUGUUUCCGCACAUAUUUUCCCAUUUCGGUCAGUGGAUUUUCUGUGAAGGUCCAGUUUAAUAUGAAACAGUCCAAUUUUGAAGGCACAGAAUAGCUUUUAGCAAGUUUCCACACUAAAUAUAGGAAUUUAUUAGUGUCCAGCUUCUGUCUCUCCUUCAUUAUGUUUUCUGCUGAGCCCUGGCCAUUAAAACUGACUGUCUCUGUCCUGUGUCUCGUCUCGUAUUAAAUGCAAUCCUCAAUUUCAGGAACAAAAUUUAUGGCACUCUUCUUUAUAUAUUUUUCCCCCACCACAGUGAUGAUACGCUACACUUAUAAUGGUCAUGAAAGACCAUACUUUCCGAGAGAGAGAGACCCAGGAAUAAUAAGUUUCUCUCUGACUUUUGGCAUCAAGGAG